AUGUCUUCUGCCCCGCCAACAAGUGGGCUUUCCUCACAAAUAUGGACCCGAGAUGACCCCGAAUUCUUCGUCUCAACAGAUCCGAAAUAUCUCUCUGUGAAAGCCGUCAACGCGGCCUUUGGACAAGAUUUUGUUUACUGGGUGAAGGAACCCUUCCCUGAAGAUGUGCUAUCCCAGAUGCUCCACGGCUCCCUGAGUUUCGGGGUGUAUCGGAGGGUCAAGCCAGCGCAAGUUGAUGACUCUGUUGCUCCGUCCCCUGAGGAUACAGAGCAGGUUGGACUUGCGCGUGUGGUUACUGAUGGGUGUUCGUUUGCUUAUUUGUCUGAUACUUAUGUCCUUCCUCAGUAUCAAGGCCAUGGACUAGGGAGUUGGCUUAUAGGAUGUGUUGCGGCGACGUUCUCAAAGGAGAAUAUGCCUUACUUGCGGAGGAUUAUGUUGCUUACAGAUGAUGAGCGUAUGCAAUCUUUCUAUGCUAGGAUGUUUGGUGUGAAGGUUGUUGGGCGUGAGACGAGGAAGGAUAUGGGGAGAGACUUGGUAUUUAUGUGUGCUAGACCGCAUGCGCAAUCAUGA